AUGUCAGCUAAACCAAGAACGUUAUACGAUAAAGUGUUUGAAGAUCACAUAGUUCACAGGGACGAAUCGGGGUCUUAUUUAAUAUAUAUAGAUAGACAUCUUGUGCACGAAGUUACUUCACCACAAGCAUUCGAGGGAUUGAGCAAUGCAGGUAGAACGGUCAGAAGAACCGAUUGUACUUUGGCUACAGUUGACCAUAAUAUCCCUACCAGUUCCAGAGUUGACUUCAAGGACAUUGACACAUUCAUUGAGCAAGAAGACUCGAGAUUACAAGUGAAGACAUUAGAACAGAAUGUGAAGGAUUUUGACGUCACCUACUUCGGAAUGAGUGACGAGAGACAAGGUAUUGUGCAUAUUGUUGGACCCGAACAAGGAUUUACAUUACCAGGUACCACUGUGGUGUGUGGUGACUCGCAUACUUCUACGCACGGUGCGUUCGGUUCAUUGGCAUUCGGUAUUGGUACUUCGGAAGUCGAGCACGUCUUAGCCACUCAGACCAUUAUUCAAGCCAAGUCCAAGAACAUGAGAAUCCAGGUUAAUGGUGACUUGGCUCCGGGUAUAACCUCCAAGGAUUUAGUUUUGCAUGUCAUUGGUGUAAUUGGUACUGCUGGUGGUACCGGUUGUGUCAUUGAAUUUGCUGGUAAGGCCAUUGAAAGCUUAUCAAUGGAAGCUAGAAUGUCUAUCUGUAAUAUGGCAAUUGAAGGUGGUGCCCGUGCUGGUAUGAUUAAGCCAGAUGAAAUCACCUUCAAUUACAUCAAGGGAAGACCAUUAGCUCCAAAGGGCGAAGAAUGGGAAAAGGCUCUUGCAUACUGGAAAACCUUGCAUUCAGAUGAAGACGCUAAGUUUGAUUACGAUAUUAAAAUCGAUGCUGCUGAUAUUGUCCCAACUAUCACCUGGGGUAACUCUCCUCAAGAUGCUUUGCCUAUCACCGCCAAAGUUCCUGAUCCAUCUACUGUUUCUGACCCAAUUGUGAAGUCUGGAAUGGAAAGAGCAUUAAAAUAUCAAGGUUUAAAACCGAAUACCCCAUUAAAGGAUAUUAAAAUUGACAAGGCAUUCAUUGGUUCAUGUACCAAUGCACGUAUUGAAGAUUUAAGAGCUGCUGCUAAAGUUGCUAAAGGUCAUAAAAAGGCUGACAACGUCAAGUUGGUUUUAGUUGUUCCAGGUUCUGGUUUGAUCAAGGCCCAAGCUGAGAAAGAAGGUUUGCAUAAAAUUUUUGAACAAGCAGGAUUUUCUUGGAGAGAAGCUGGUUGUUCGAUGUGUUUAGGUAUGAACCCAGAUAUUUUAGACCCAGAAGAAAGAUGUGCAUCUACAUCUAACAGAAAUUUUGAAGGUCGUCAAGGUGCCGCUUCGAGAACUCACUUAAUGUCUCCUGCUAUGGCAGCAGCUGCAGCUAUCAAGGGUCAUUUCACUGAUAUUCGUGAAUUUGACUACGAUAAUACUGAUGAACCAUCAGUUGCUAUUGGCUCAGAUGAAGACCAAGCAUUACAAGACGCUGUUUACGAACAUGAAAAACAACCAGUCGAUGAUUCUGCUUCUAUCAGAGAUGAACAACUUAACGAUAUUCCAAGAGAACCAGAAACUAAGAAAUCGAAGGUUAUUAAGGCCACCUCUACACCUGCUGGUAUGGACAAAUUCACUGUUCUUACUAGUAUCACUGCACCUUUAGACAAGGCUAAUGUUGAUACUGACGCUAUUAUUCCAAAGCAAUUCUUGAAGACCAUUAAGCGUACUGGUUUAAAGAAUGGUUUGUUCUACGAAGCCAGAUUUGUCAAAGACCCAAAGACUGGAAAAGAUACUGAAACUGACUUUGUAUUAAAUGUCAAUCCAUACCGUAGCGCUGAAAUCUUAUUAGUCACUGGUGAUAACUUCGGUUGCGGUUCAUCCAGAGAACACGCUCCUUGGGCAUUAAAGGAUUUCGGUAUCAAAUGUAUGAUUGCUCCAUCAUUUGGUGAUAUUUUCUACAAUAACUCUUGUAAGAAUGGUUUAUUACCAAUUAGAAUUCCUCAAGAUGUUAUCAAGUCCAAAUUAUACCCUGUCGCCGUUGCGGGCAAGAAAUUGACUGUCGAUUUACCAAACCAACAAAUCAGAAAUGGUGAAACUGAUGAAGUUUUAGUUGAAAAUUUUGAUAUAGAACAAUUCAGAAAGCACUGUUUAGUCAAUGGUUUAGAUGAUAUUGGAUUAACUUUACAGAAGGAAGAAUUCAUUACUAAAUACGAAACUAUAAGAAGAGAUAAAUUUUCUUUCUUAGAAGGUGGUUCUAAAUUAAUCAAACCAAUUAAGGGUGCUAAGAAGUCUGUCUAUGGCCUUAAAACACAAGAAUGGUAA